UGAUUCUUAACUCUGUGACUCAGAUGUAAAGACUCCAGUGCUUUUCUUCAGUGAACCCGCUUUAGCUUGUGCCUUAGACUUUUAUUUUGAAAACCCUUGACCAGAAGUGUGCGCUUUUCCGUCGCACGUUUGACAGCAGGUCCGUUUUUCACCUCUUUGCUUUCUUUAUUCCACCCUGCCUCCCUCUUUCUUUCUCUAUUUAAAACGCCUUCGCCAGACGUGUGUGUGUGUUUGUGUGUACGCGUGUGUGCGCGCGUAUAUUUAUUUAUUUAUGCAUCUUAUUUGAAAGUAUCUCUAGGCUUUUUCCUUUUUUUUUUUUUUUUUUUUUUUUUUUUUUUUUUUUUUACAUUUUAGUCGCUCCUCAAAUGAGAAGACGUAAAAGAUGGAGCUUCAUAUUUUAGAGCACAGCUUGAAAGUGGCGAGUAUAGAGAAAGAGGGGAUCCAGAUUUGCACUCACGGAUUAAUAAAACUCGCCUUCCUGGCCUCCAAAACAAGAUGCAAGUUCUUCAGUUUGACGGAGACUCCGGAGGACUACACCAUUAUCGUGGAUGAGGAGGGCUUUAAAGAGCUGCCACAGUCGGAGCACAUCAGUGUUGCCGAUGCCACAUGGUUGGCCCUCAACGUGGUAUCCGGGGGUGGCAACGCCUCCAAUUCGCAGCCCAUCGGAGUCACCAAAAUCGCCAAAUCAGUCAUUGCACCGCUGGCCGACCACAACAUCUCUGUUUUCAUGCUGUCGACGUAUCAGACGGAUUUCAUUCUGGUUCGAGAGCGAGACCUGCCGAUGGUCAUGCACACGCUGUCUUCCGAGUUCACUUUGCUUCGGGUGGUCAACGGGGAGACUGUAGCUGCGCACAAUCUGGGAGUCACCAAUGGAUUUGUAAAGCCAAAACUUGUGCCCCGUCCCAUCAUUCACCCUUUAUCUAGUCCCAGCAACAUGUUCUGUGUGACCAGCCUGGACCCAGACACACUGCCCUCUGUAGCCACCCUGCUCAUGGACGUCAUGUUUUAUUCUGGAGGGCCGAAAGAACCCGGAGCAUCCAGCGAAGACUCCAAUCACAUCCGCUUCUUCUCCUUCUCCCUGAUCGAAGGCUACAUCUCUCUGGUCAUGGAUGAACAGACAACUCAAAGGUUUCCAAACAACGUCCUUUUCACCAGUGCUUCGGGUGAGCUUUGGAAGAUGGUUCGCAUUGGGGGGCAACCUUUAGGAUUUGAUGAGUGUGGCAUCGUGGCUCAGAUAUCAGAACCCCUGGCAACAGCUGACAUUCCAGCUUACUACAUUAGUACCUUCAAGUUUGACCACGCCCUGGUUCCCGAAGAAAACAUCCAAAGCGUGAUCGGAGCUCUGCGGACCGAGAGCACGGCACAGUGAAGGAAAACCACGAAAACAACUGUUUUCAAAGUCAUUUCGUUCAAACGUUUAUCAUGUCCAAAAAGUGCCAAGAGCUUAUUAGCGGACUACUGCGGACCAGCUCUGAUAGAAGGAAGGGAUCUAAGCACAGAGUGUGGGCGGAGUUUGGUGGGGUGGGGUGUGACGGUGUGAUAGGGAUGCCUUUGUUACUUGAUCAUUUUCUUUACCCUCACCCCUCCUUCGACGGCCCUCCACUGCCUGCUCUGGUAGUUGUUGCUUUAGUUUACCAGACUGAAUAUGUUUCUUUUUCCUCUCUAAAGCUGCUUCUUCCCACUCCCCGAACCCCCAUGAGCACCAUACUGUAUUAGUUACAUAAUUCCUCUCAUGGAAGGAUGACGAAUGUACUCUCAAAAACGAAAGAAAUAUUAUAUAUCAAGCUUUUUUUUUUUUUUUUUAAAUGGUUGGUUGGUUUUUUCCACAGGUCAUUUUUCUCAGUGCCAAGAUGUUUGAAUGCCUAAACCGAUGCCUUUGUCAAAAUACUACAUUGUGUGCAAUUGAAGGAGACAAUUUUGGAGGCAGCCAGCGAUGACAGACGAGCCUGGUUGAGGAUAAUGUUGUUGUUUUUGUGUUGUUUUUUUUGUUUUUUUUUGUUCAUUAGCUGUUGAACGUGUUUUGAUCACAGCGAUGAUCUGACUGUUGGAGUCCCUUCAGGCUUAGAAGUUAAAUUCCGAUGCUUUUAUUCUGGUGAAACAAGACGUGAAUCCGAGAUGUUGUUGAGGAAUGAAUCUUUUAGUGCUUUGAUAAGUUGUAUGUAUUCACACUGUGAGCAACCUGGUCGAUGUGUCACGCAGCAUCAGCUAAAUUUACCUUUGUGGAGCGAGUUUUAAACAGACAAAUCUUCUUUUUGUUCUGUUUUGUUUUAAAAUUGAUUCUUUAGCUAGGAAGCACACGUUAUGCAGCAUGAAUCACUGACUUCAGAGUGAUUAAUAAAUAAUUAUUUGAUGCAGAAAAAUUAAUCAGUGACAAUUUUGAUGUUUGUUUUUUGAUUUAAUAUAAUUUUAAUUUUAAUUGAAUUUAAUAUACGAAUACUUUUGCUGUUCUCUGUUUGAUUGAAAAAAGAUGAUUUGGCACAAAUCUGAUGCAUUUUUGAUUUCAUAUUGUCCAAUACUUUAUACCAACCUCAGAUAAACCUUGUUAUUUAGUGCUGUUUAGCACAUUAACAUACCAACACUAAGACGCUAAACCUAGUAGACAUUUUAGCUGCUUUUGUAUAAUGUGUCAUUGCACUGUUAGCAUGUUAGCAACCACUACCAGAUCAGCCACUAACAUUUUUACAAUUACUACAACUGAAGCAAACCGAGAUCAAAAUCUAGCUUUUGAAGUAAGCAAUGCUUUAGAUUAUUAGUCUUCUUUAGUAUUGUACUGAGUAAUCUAAAUAAAUAAAUUACUCACUAAAAGCAACAAUCCAAUAUUUAUUUAGUUGGGCUUAAUGGUUAAAAACACUGAUUUCAUCAGGGCAGGAAAAAAAACAGCGAUACACUGGACGUCAACAUAGUUUCACACAAUGAAGCAACGACGUAAUUUAAAGAAAACAAGUCUCACAGUUAUAAUGAAAAAAAAAUAACACUGAAAAAUUUUAGUAAAAUAAACAAUAACCAUAUAAAUCAUAUCAAUAUAAUGCUAUACAUAUAGAUUACAUGUAGAUUAAUUGGUAAGGAAAUUAUCAUUAGUUGCUGUCCUACUUCAGAGUUUACCAUCACCUCUAAUAUAAUUGGCUGCCAAUAAUUUAAGGAUCCACCCUCAGGUGAGUGUGAGGGUUUAGUAUAAGUUGUGUUUGCUUUUUUUUUUUUUUUUUUUUUUUUUUAAAUCAAGACUGAUCAAGCCUUAUUGUGUAUCUGUGUUUUCUGGUCUCUUUCAACGACUCGAUGAUCGCGUUGCUCACAGUGUGAACCCGCAGUAAAGACCCGACGAUAAACGCAAUGAUGAAAAAAAAUGUUUGCAUCUGCAGUAGUAAUAAAUUACUGAGCCACUUUUGACAAUGUACUCCAAUAAUGACAGUGCGAGUGUGCUGAGCAUAAGCUACGCUUCACACAGGGGGAGGGACGUUUCCCUCGGAGCCCUCGUGUCCCUUUAGCUUGAAGCUGCCCCUCCCCUGCCCCAGUCUGCACUUUAAUGCAGGUCCCGCCCCCACAGGCCUGCUGUCAUGAUGUGAAAACGGGGAGGGUAUUUACUUUAGAAAGAUCCUGUCCAGAUGGGGAGAUUUCUGUUGGUCUUAAGCAUUUGGUGAUAAUGUUUUUCUUUUUUUCUUUUUCUUUCAUGAUACCUUGCACCUAACAGCAACCUUUCUUCUGAUCAGUCUUGAUUAGUAGAAACCCUGUAUUUAUCAGUGUUAAUACAUGAGGAAGGUGACAUUUCUUCUGAUUCCAUUUCAAAGAAAAUGUUAAAAGCUUUUCAUUUGGAGCUUCUUGUGUGGAAAAAAAUAAAUAAACAAGCUUUUUUUUGAGCUUGA